AUGCUCCGGGGCCCCAGCGGCUCUGGGCCGGGGCCCUCGCCCCCCCAUCCCUCCCCGCCCCGGAGCAGGGCCUUUAAGAGCCGCGGGAACGCCGCGCCCCGGCCAGUUGGUGCCGGGCUGAGCCCCCGCCCUGCGCUCCAGGCCCGCUGCCGCCCGAGAGGCCCGCACCCCGGGGCCCCCGCCCCCCGCCCCCCGCCCCCCGCCAUGGGGGAGCACCUGGCCGCCGCCGAGGACAGCCGGCACCCGGGGCCCGCCCCGUGGCAGGAGAGGCCCGCCAGCCCCGGCCCCGCGCCCGCGCCCGCGCCGCCCACGCCGAGCCGCCGCCCGCGCCCGGGGGCCCCGGGGGACGCGCCCUGGGGCUCCGCGCAGGUGGGCGCCGCGCAGGUGAGCGCCGUGACGGUGCUCGCGCUGCUGGACCAGCUGGCCGGCAUGCUGGACGCCGUGCGGCGGGGCCAGCGCGACCUCGGGCGGCGGCAGGCGGGCCUGGAGGGCUCGGUGGGCCGCGUGCGCGGCGACCUGGGCGACCUCUGCGCCCGCCAGGCGGCCACGGACGGCGCGGUGGCCGGGCUCCUGCGGCAGGCCCGCGGGCUGAGCGCCCAGGCCCAGGCCGUCCGCGAGCGCGUGGAGCGGCGGGGCGCGCAGGUGGCCCGGCUGCAGCAUCAGCACGCGCGGCUGCUCGCGCGCCGCCGCUUCCGCGUGCUCGUCUUCCAGGAAGAAAAUGAGAUCCCUGCCGGCGUGUUUGUGAAAGAGCCAGCUUCCAGGCCGGCGGAAGGCGAGGAGGAGCUUGCCGAGGACAACCAGUCCCUGGAGGAAACCUUGCACACGGUGGACCUCUCCUCGGGUGACGACUCGCCCCACGACGAGGAGGCCCUGCAAGACAGCUCGGAGGAAGCGAUGGAAGAAAGUAGGGCCGAGAAAAUGAAAAGGUCUGGCCUCCAGAAGGUAGACAGCCUCAAGAAAGCAUUUUCUCGCCAGAACAUCGAGAAGAAAAUGAACAAGCUGGGGACAAAGAUCGUAUCCGUAGAGAGGAGAGAGAAGAUUAAGAAGUCCCUCGCUUCCAAUCACCAGAAGAUAUCCUCAGGGAAGAGGUCCCCCUUCAAGGUCUCUCCCCUCACCUUCGUUCGAAAGAAAGUCCGGGAGGGCGAGAGCCCCGCGGAAAAUGAGAGCAGGUGGGAAGCCACGCGGAGCAGUGACCAGGUAGCCGGGGAGCAGGAGCAGAGCUCCUUGGCCAAGGGCCUUUCCCAAACGUCCCUCGCCAGCGCCCCGGCGGAGGGGAAGAGCGAGGGCGGGGAGGCAGGGAGGCCGGCCUCCAGAGGGGCCAACGCGGGCCUGGAGGGCGACGCUGACCUGACGGCUCGGGAGGACGAAGAAGAGGAGUCGGUGGCCCUGGAACAGGCCCAGAAGGUUCGCUACGAGGGGGGCUACCUGCUAGCCUCUGAGGGCGCCGAGCGGUCGGAUGAGGAGCCAGAGCAGCCUGCAGUGCUCCAGGUGGACCAGAGCGCCUGAUGCUCCCGUGUGCCCGGUGACGGGGGACCGGGGCGGCUCCCGCACGUGUCCAGCACCGCCCCGGCCCUGCCGCCGUCGUCUCCUCCAUCCUAGCAGCACACGCACCACCCAGCUGUACGCUGUACGAGGGCAACCUGUCCGAGCCCCGCUCCCAACUUGCUCUUAGGCUCUCUGUUUGUACAGUCGCUCCAAGACUGCACAGAAGAAGAAACGGAGCAGCCGCAAAACGCUGAUCGGUUUGACGGGGUGAGGAAAGCCAGAGGCAACUCAAGAUCCUCGUCGUGGAACGGGAUUCGCUCCUCACCGUUCCACCAGCUUGCUGACCAGCGCCCCAGCACUAUGCUGAGUCUCACAGAACUCCGUGAAUCCUCACGAUUGCAUUUCAAGUGUGUGAUGUAUAAUACACGUGUGUAUUUAGGCUGAAGAGUGACUAUGUGUUCAGGAAAAACCCAACUUUGUAAAAAAAAAAAAAAAAGGCUGAAAGAGAAGGUUCAGUUGGUUAUUCACGUAACCAGUGUCCUUGAAAAUGAAGGAAAAAAAAUGGAAAGAUUAUAAUCAUCAGAAAGUAAGGUGUAGAAAAGGCAGGACUGUCAGGGAGAGAAAACUAAGAAAGGAAGGAGAAGUGGGAAAAUAAGAGAAACAGGAAAGGAAGCGUGCCAAAGACAAUGAAGCCAGAGAAAAACUACGUGCUUAGAGAUAAAAUAUUUACAGCAUUAACUCAAGUAUUCCACUCCUUAACUAGCAAUUCUAGAGAGCGUCCUACAGCCAGGAGUAAUAGGUUGUAUCUUUGCAAUAUUUUUAUUUUCUAAUAUUUUCAAAAAACACAAAAACAUAGUUUUACUGUGUUGAAGCUGCAUUUCUCUUCGUAAACGAAAUCCAAAUAUUUCUCCAAGGAGGUUUAAAAGGAUGUUGUCCCAUUAACAUUGGAAUGAACAUAAGUCUUCAAAAUUCAUAAGCACUGUCUCUUGUAGGAAGUUGGAUCCUACUAGUCUCUCUGGUUUUCCAACUUUGAAAUGACCUUUACACUCCGGAUGAUGUAACGUAGGCCUGGAAGAUGUUAAAAAUCAUCAGGUUUUGGAAGGGAAGGGUUCUGUUUUUCCUUUUUUUUUUUUUUUUUUGCACAUACUGCUAAUUUCAUCCCAGGUCAUAUUUUAUUUAUGUAUUAAUUUCACAGAAUAUUAAUAUGAUUCUUCCAAAAGCAUGCUAGUGUUUACGUAUAUGUGCACAUUUGUUCAGACAGGCUAAUUUUUACUAUGGCCUGACACUCUACUAAAAUGCUGCUUUAUCUACUUUUGGUUACAGAAUGCUAAUGUUGUAAGGAAACUAUUUUAGUUUAGAGACACUUGUGCCAGGGAGCAAACUCCUACCUUUAGUCCGUGCCACUCACCGUAAGUAACCGUACAGAUAGAAGUGAUCCAAGACAGUAUUAACAAACGAUACUUUGUGCUACAGACAGAAAAAUAGGAUUAACCGGCAUAUUGAUGGCAUAACCUACACAGCUAUGUCCCCAUUUUGCAAUAAUGUACCCCAAACGUUAGAUUGUUGAACUAACAAUGGCUGUGUUAAAGAAGACCGAAUAAACCAAAAAAAUAAAAAGUCU